GUUUUUCUGUUUUUUUCUUUCUUUACCCAUAAAAAAACGAACUAAACCGCAUGGUCGAUUUUUCGUUUCGGCUUACUCUCAUAUCCUAACCCUACCCAGAUAUACACUUCGAUAAAAGAAAAUAGCUUUCGGGCAAAAAUUUCAUGGUCUCGGUUGGUUUCGUUCACAGGAAACAGCUUAGCUAGUAGCUCUCUGGUUCUCCAAUGUCGAUCACAUUUUACUCGCCGAGUACAAAUCUGCCCAAUUUUGCUGGCUACGUGAUUGAGCAGCACAGAACUUUUCCAGCAUCGCCUCUUGAGAAGAACAACCUAUGCCCGUGCGUGGGCCUUGCCCUUUUCAGCUCGUUCGAUGCUGGACAGUGCUACUCAUCCUCUAGAGCAAUAGUGCACAAGCACAUUCAUCCAUGGCGGCGGAAGGUACUCGAAUCUUGUAAGGGGAUGGUAAAUCCCGAUCCAGUUGGGGCGCCGCCAACUGUAAACGACGAUGACUCGCCUCAGCGCAGACGUCGCCGGCGAAAUACCGACGACAAUGAAGACGACGGGAAGAGGAGGAUGAAACUUGUUCACGGAAACAAAGGGUGUGUCCCGUGGAAUAAAGGGAUUAAGCACAGUGAAGAGACUCGCGAGAGAAUUAGUCGCAGGACAAAAGAAGCCUUAAGCGACCCCAAGAUUAGGAAGAAAAUGGCUGAAGCCCCUCGUACUAUGAGUAACCUGACGAAAGCGAGAAUACGCACUUCUCUCACGAGACUAUGGGGUGAACGGCUAAAAUGGAAAAGAUCGAGGGAGAAAUUCAUGCAAUUGUGGGCCGAAAGCAUUGCAAAAGCUGCUAAGGUGGGAAUGAGUGAUGAGAAAGAACUUGAUUGGGAUAGCUAUGACAAACUUGCAGAAGAAUUGACUCUCCUUUGGGUUCAAAAGACUGAACAACAGGCAAAGGACGAAAAGAUAGCUCGUCUAAGAGCAGCAUAUGUGAAAGCAGAAAAGGCAGCACGUCUCUCUCAGAAAAGAAGAGAGAGGGAAGAAAAUGCGAGACCGAGAGAAGGAUCAAUUAAAAAAAGGAGCCAAAAAUCAAAAGAAGAAAGAGAGAGGUUGGCAGAGUUUCGGGAGGAGAAACUCAAGGAGAGAUUAAUGAAGAUUCAUAAGAAGAAAUCGUCCAUUAAACAAGUAAGCAGUGAUCAUCAACGGCCCUGGGAGAAACUUGACCUGGACUUGGCAAAGGGACUGAAAAAGGAAACUUCGCUUGCGGAUCAAAUUCAUUUUGCCAAGAGCAGAAAAUAAGAACAGCUGCUUCGACAAGAUCUGACAUGUCAUGUCCGUUUGUAAAUGAAAGUCCUUCUGGAUCAAGGCUUUAUGACCCAUCAUGGAUUUAUGCUUGUAGUGUGCUGAAACUUGAAACACAAUUAUGUGUUGAAACUUGAAACACAAUUAUUUGAUCUCACCUUGUGCAGUCAUGUAUAUGUCAGUUGACUAACAGAAACAAAAUGUCAUGAUCAUUCAUUUUACGUGCAACAUUUCGAGAACUUAUUAAAAUAUGCGACUUACCAGUGAUUCCUAGUUUCGAUUAAUA